AUGCGUCCUGAAGUCGAGCAAGAACUCGCCCACACCCUGCUGGUCGAGCUCCUGGCUUACCAGUUUGCGUCGCCUGUCAGAUGGAUUGAGACACAAGAUGUGAUUCUCGCCGAGAAACGGACGGAGAGGAUAGUGGAAAUUGGUCCAGCAGACACUCUUGGUGGCAUGGCCAAGCGAACUUUGGCCUCGAAAUACGAAGCUUACGAUGCAGCCACAUCCGUGCAACGACAAAUCCUCUGUUAUAACAAGGACGCCAAAGAAAUUUAUUACGACGUCGAUCCCAUUGAAGAUGAGCCGGAAACACCAGAGCCUUCUGCAGAGUCCGGUUCGGCAGCCCCUACCGCCGCCGCUGCGCCGGCUGCUGCCCCUGUUGCUUCAGCUCCCAGCGCCGGUCCCGCCGCAAUGGUUGAAGAUACUCCUGUCUCAGCUACCGACAUCGUCAGAACCUUGGUUGCACAGAAAUUGAAGAAGGGCCUGACAGAUAUUCCCGUAAACAAAGCUAUAAAAGAUUUGGUUGGAGGAAAAUCCACCUUACAGAAUGAAAUCCUCGGUGACUUGGGCAAAGAAUUCGGUUCAACUCCAGAAAAACCAGAAGAUACCCCUCUCGACGAAUUGGGUGCCUCCAUGCAGGCUACCUUCAACGGACAGCUCGGCAAACAAUCUUCAUCCUUGAUUGCUCGUUUGGUGUCUUCGAAGAUGCCUGGUGGUUUCAACAUUACAGCAGUGAGGAAAUAUCUUGAGACUAGAUGGGGUCUUGGUCCUGGAAGGCAAGAUGGCGCCUUGUUGCUGGCAUUGACCGCCGAGCCCGCUGCUCGUUUGGGCUCUGACGCCGAUGCGAAGGCCUAUCUCGACGGCAUUGCAAACAAAUACGCAGCACACGCAGGUAUCAGCCUUUCAUCACCUAGUGCCGGUGGUGAUAGUGGUGCAAGCGGCGGUGGUGGCAUGAUGAUGGAUCCCGCUGCCAUUGACGCUUUGACCAAAGACCAGCGCGCCCUGUUCAAACAACAGUUGGAGGCUAUUGCUCAUUAUUUGAAGCUUGACUUGCGUGCGGGCGACAGGGCUCACCUUGCUUCCGUCGAGUCUUCAAAGGCUCUCCAGGCCCAGUUGGAUCUCUGGCAAGUCGAGCAUGGCGAUGUCUAUGCCUCUGGUAUUGCGCCCUCUUUCGACUCGCUUAAGGCCCGUAUCUAUGACUCUUCCUGGAACUGGGCUCGACAAGACGCAUUGAGCAUGUACUACGACAUCAUUUUUGGAAAGCUCCGAGUUGUCGACCGAGAAAUUGUUAGCCAGUGUAUCCGUAUCAUGAACCGCUCCAACCCAUUUCUCCUUGAUUUUAUGCAAUACCACAUCGACAACUGCCCCACCGAGCGAGGCGAAACCUAUCAGCUCGCCAAGGAAUUGGCAGAGCAACUCAUUGAGAACUGCAAGGAAGUCCUCGGUCAUGCUCCCGUCUACAAGGAUGUUGCCAUUCCAACUGCUCCACAAACAACCAUUGACUCACGCGGUAACAUUUCAUACGAAGAAGUGCCUCGUGCAAGUGUUCGCAAGCUUGAGCAUUAUGUGAAGCAGAUGGCUGAGGGCGGUCCUAUCUCGGAGUACAGCAACCGAACAAAGGUCCAGAACGACCUCAAGAGCGUUUACAAACUCAUUCGUAAACAGCAUCGCCUGUCGAAAUCUUCACAGCUCCAGUUCAACGCUUUAUACAAGGAUGUCCUCCGUGCCCUUUCCAUGAACGAGAGCCAGAUCAUGCCUCAAGAAAAUGGACACGCCAAGAAAGGCCGUAUCAGCAAGCCUAAUGGUACAUUGCGUCCUGGAAAGGUUGAGACUAUUCCUUUCCUUCAUCUCAAGAAGAAGGAUGACAACGGCUGGGAGUACAGCAAGAAGCUGACCGGAGUCUACUUGGACGGUCUCGAAUCUGCUGCUCGCCAAGGUAUCACUUUCCAGGGAAAGAAUGCUCUCAUGACCGGUGCUGGCGCUGGAUCCAUUGGAGCCGACGUUCUUCAAGGCUUGAUCAGCGGUGGUGCCAAGGUUGUGGUCACUACCAGCCGCUUCUCUCGUGAAGUGACAGAAUACUACCAGAGCAUGUACGCAAGAUACGGUGCCCGAGGCUCUCAGCUUGUUGUGGUUCCUUUCAAUCAAGGCAGCAAGCAAGACGUUGAAGCACUUGUCGACUACAUCUAUGACUCCAAGAAGGGUCUUGGUUGGGAUUUGGACUACGUUGUGCCAUUUGCUGCCAUCCCAGAAAACGGUCGUGAAAUCGACAGUAUUGACUCCAAGUCUGAACUCGCCCAUCGUAUCAUGUUGACCAACUUGCUGCGUCUUCUCGGUUGCAUCAAGACCCAAAAGCAAGAGCAUGGGUACGAGACACGACCUGCUCAAGUCAUUCUUCCUCUUUCCCCCAACCACGGUACCUUUGGAAACGACGGUCUUUAUUCCGAGUCCAAGUUGGCAUUGGAGACUUUGUUCAAUCGAUGGCACUCUGAGAGCUGGGCCAGCUACCUCACCAUCUGCGGUGCAGUCAUUGGCUGGACGCGUGGAACUGGUCUCAUGAGCGCCAACAACAUGGUUGCCGAAGGUGUCGAGAAAUUGGGUGUCCGCACUUUCUCUCAGCAGGAAAUGGCCUUCAACCUUUUGGGUCUAAUGGCUCCCGCAAUUGUCAACCUUUGCCAGACGGAGCCAGUCUUUGCGGAUCUCAACGGUGGCUUGCAAUUCAUUCCAGACUUGAAGGAUCUCAUGUCCAGGUUGCGUAAUGAGAUCAUGGAGACUAGCGCUGUUCGCCAAGCUGUCAUUAAGGAGAACGCUAUCGAGAACAAGAUCGUCAACGGCGAAGACAGMGAGGCCCUUUACAAGAAGGUUGUUACCGAGCCUCGCGCCAAUCUUAAGUACCCUUUCCCUGAGCUACCAAGCUGGGAUGAAGAAGUCAAGCCUCUUCACGAGCAGCUCAAGGGCAUGGUCAAUCUGGACAAGGUGGUCGUUGUUACCGGCUUUGCCGAGGUUGGACCUUGGGGAAACUCCCGUACUCGAUGGGAAAUGGAAGCAUACGGCAAGUUCUCAUUGGAGGGAUGUGUUGAAAUGGCCUGGAUGAUGGGUUUGAUCAAGAACCACAACGGACCUUUGAAGGGCAAGCCGUACUCUGGAUGGGUUGAUGCCAAGUCGGGCGAACCUGUGGAUGACAAGGACGUCAAAGGCAAAUAUGAAAAGUACAUCCUGGAGCACUCUGGCAUUCGUUUGAUCGAACCUGAACUGUUCAACGGCUACGAUCCCAACAAGAAGCAGCUUCUUCAGGAAGUUGUUAUUCAAGCCGACCUCGAACCCUUUGAGACCUCCAAGGAAACUGCCGAGGAAUUCAAGCGCGAGCACGGUGAGAAGGCUGAAAUUUUCGAGAUUCCCGAGUCCGGCGAGUACCUGGUCCGCCUGAAGAAGGGUGCCAACCUGAUGAUUCCCAAGGCCUUGCAAUUCGACCGUCUUGUGGCUGGKCAAGUUCCUACUGGUUGGGAUGCUAAGAGAUACGGUGUUCCAGAGGACAUCAUUGACCAGGUUGAUCCUGUUACCCUCUAUGUGCUUGUCUGCACUGCAGAAGCUUUGCUUUCAUCUGGUAUCACCGAUCCUUAUGAGUUCUAUAAAUACGUUCACUUGUCUGAAGUCGGUAAUUGUAUCGGUUCCGGUGUCGGAGGUACAUCUGCCUUGAGAGGUAUGUACAAGGACCGAUACCUUGACAAGCCUGUUCAGAAGGAUAUCUUGCAAGAGUCGUUCGUCAACACUAUGGCCGCUUGGGUCAACAUGCUUUUGCUUUCAUCCACUGGACCUAUCAAGAGUCCUGUUGGUGCAUGUGCCACGUCUGUUGAGUCUUUGGAUAUUGGUUACGAUACUAUUGUCGAAGGCAAGGCUCGUGUCGUCCUGGUCGGUGGUUUUGAUGACUUCCAGGAGGAGGGCUCAUACGAAUUCGCCAACAUGGGUGCUACCAGCAACGCAAAAGAAGAAUUCAAGCGCGGACGUACUCCUCAAGAUAUGUCCCGUCCAACAUCUACUACUCGUAAUGGAUUCAUGGAAUCUCAGGGUUGUGGUAUCCAGGUUCUCAUGACUGCCCAGCUGGCUCUCGACAUGGGUGUACCCAUUUAUGGUGUCAUUGCCAUGUCUGGCACAGCUACUGAUAAGAUUGGGCGUUCCGUCCCAGCUCCUGGUCAGGGUGUGCUUACUGUUGCUCGCGAAAACCCCGGCAACUUCCCUUCGCCUUUGCUUGACAUCAAAUACCGUCGUCGCCAGUUGGAGAUGCGUCGUCAGCAGAUCAAGCAGUGGCAAGAGUCCGAAGUGCUUUAUCUUCAAGAAGAAGCCGAAGCACUCAAGAGCCAGAGCCCAGAGUCAUUCAAGGUUGCCGAGUACAUGCAAGAGCGGGCUGAACAUAUCCAACGUGAAGCUAUUCGUCAAGAGAAGGAAGCCCAAAGCAGUCUUGGCAACGAAUUCUGGCGUCGUGACCCUCGCAUUGCUCCUCUGCGUGGUGCAUUGGCUACCUGGGGUCUUACUAUUGAUGACCUUGAUGUUGCCUCUUUCCACGGAACAUCGACUGUUGCCAACGACAAGAACGAAUCUGAUGUCAUUUGCCAGCAAUUGACUCACUUGGGACGUAGUAAGGGUAACGCUGUCUUGGGUAUCUUCCAGAAGUACUUGACCGGUCACCCCAAGGGUGCCGCUGGUGCAUGGAUGAUGAACGGCUGUCUCCAGGUCCUCAACAGCGGUCUUGUUCCGGGUAAUCGUAACGCCGACAACGUUGACAAGGUCAUGGAGAAGUUUGACUUGAUUGUCUACCCAAGCCGAACAAUCAAGACGGACGGUGUCAAGGCAUUCUCCGUCACCUCUUUCGGUUUCGGCCAGAAGGGUGCUCAAGCCAUUGGUGUCCAUCCUAAGUACCUCUAUGCCACCUUGGACAAGGCUCAAUUCCAAUCCUACCGCAACAAGGUUGAGGCACGUCAAAAGAAAGCUUACCGUUACUUCCACAAUGGUAUGAUCAACAACACCCUCUUCCGUGCCAAGAGCAAGGCUCCAUAUGAGGACAACAUCCAGAGCAAGGUCUUCCUCAACCCCGACUACCGCGUCAGCGUGGACAGCAAGACUGCUGAGCUCACCUACCCCGCCACCUUCUCGCCAACACCUACCACUCCUGUAGUCGAAUCUGAGAGUACCCGCAAGAUUGUCGAAACUCUCGCCGCCGCCACGGCCGGUCCGAACUCGCAAGUGGGCGUCGAUGUGGAGGAUGUUGACGCCAUCAACAUCGAUAACGAUACCUUUGUUGAGCGCAACUUCACUGAGCGUGAGCAAGUAUACUGUCGCAAAGCGCCAAACCCUCAAGCCUCGUUUGCGGGUAGAUGGAGCGCAAAGGAAGCUGUCUUCAAGUCUCUUGGUGUUCAAUCCAAGGGCGCUGGAGCCCCGUUGAAAGACAUUGAAAUUAUCAACGAUGCCAAUGGCGUUCCCACUGUUACUCUCCACGGAUCCGCCGCCGAAGCCGCAAAACUCGCCGGCGUCAAAUCAGUGAACGUGAGCAUCAGCCAUAGCGAAUCCCAAGCUAUCGCAGUCGCCGUUUCCAAGCUCUGA